AUGAAUGGAUCGCAAUUAGCCGUUCGUGCAACUAUCGGGGUUCUGGGCUCAUUGGGAGUCAUCCUGAACACGACUGUUGUAAUCAUUCUGAUUCGAACAAAACUCACCUCGAAAUUGACCAGUGCUUUGAUGCGAAGUCAAUGUGUGGUUGAUGGUUACGCGUCCCUGAUCGCCCUAUUCUACCAGAUUAUCGGUCCCGAGAUCAAUACAUCCUGGGUCGAAGUAGAUCGUGUCAUGUGUUAUAUCUGGUUCCAAGAUGAAUUGUUCUGGCUUGGUGCGGUGCUCAGUGUACACAACUUGGUCUGUAUCUCGUUCGAUCGUCUACUGGCUGUGAUUCGUCCAAUCUACUACCGAUUGCAUCAUGUCGGUCUGAUGAUUGGUUGUUAUGUGUACUUGGUUUCCAUCAGUCUACUUCUGUUCAUACCGAACUUUUUUCUACGUCACUUCUCCAACGGUUCGUGUGCAUUUGCCGUACCGAUUGAAGAAUCUCCUUUGCACCGAUUCCUAGAUUUUCAUGCUCUGUUGUGGUUCUCGACAGCCUAUCUGUUACCGGUGAUUUUUAUUGUCACAUGUCACGUGAUCGUGAUCCGAUUUGUCAAUCGAGCAAAACAGGCACACGGGGCUGGAGAGGAGGAGAGCAGAACGCGUAAAGGAAUAGUGAAAUUGAUCAAAAUCACUGCCGCACUGGCUGUCAGCGUAUUGAUUUUUCAUGUCGGGGAAAGUGCCAGAUAUACGUUAGCUUCCUUUCAUCUGAUGGACUACGCACCGGGGUCCGCGGAACAACAAGUUGGUGUGUUGUUGAUCGCGUUGUGCUGUUGUNGUUUGCUGUACCGAUCACUGCAUCUCCUUUGCAUCGAUUUCUCGACGUUCAUUCUUUCCUCUGGCUCUUCUUAUCCUACUUGCUCCCGAUCGUUUUUAUUGUCACAUGUCACGUGA